GUUGUAAACACAAGGGAUGUAAUCUCAGUCGGCAGUUCACAAACUGCUGUGCACCAGUGUGUGUGAGCAGUUUGAAAUCGUGUACAAAUAACAUAAUCAGAUUACACUUUAGCAUUAUCUGAGAGCGCUUGUUUUAUUCAUAUCGGUCAUUGAUUUUGUUCGUCGAUGGCCAGUGGUCAUAUCUGAAGCUAUCAUUCUCUUUUAGAGGAGAACGCAAACAUUAAUCAUACCACAUGAGCGGCAGCUCUGCUGUUAGAACUUAAUAAGUGGUCUCGUGCAUUUAGUAGGAAGUGACAACUUUAAAAAUUACUGUAGUAGACAAUGUGCUCGACUGAUAGUGCGUCUCUCAUAAGUUGUCAGUCUAAUAAUUCGGCGGAAUUGUGGUAUGCCUAUAAGGACAUGGUUUCUGAUUUAAUUCCGAGUUCACUUUUGCUUGCCAUAUCUUCAGGCAUUUCAGGAUUUGAGUAUCAUCCAUGGGUUUUCUCACUGAUCGGAUCAACAUUUAUUGGACUUAGUGGAAUAUUUCCUCUUCUUGUGAUCCCCAUCGAAGAAGGAGCCAACAUAAAAUCAGAAGAGGGGGGCUCGCGGACGCUCAAGGUGCUGCUGAGCUUCGCAGUGGGCUGUCUGCUGGGCGAUGUGUUCCUGCACCUGCUGCCAGACAUCUGGAGCCGGGAAGCGCUUCGACUCGUGAGUGGCUACCUGAAUCUGCUGGCUAAUGCAUUCGACAACUUCACUCAUGGCUUAGCAGUUGGUGGUAGUUUCAUGGUGUCCUUACCUCAUGGUGCACUUACAACAUUUGCAAUAUUGCUCCAUGAAAUCCCUCGUUUACACCACAUUUCUCAUUACGCGGCCGCCAAAUACAUCGCUGGCCGCACUUCUCCGGGCGGCUCGCGGCUACCAUCGCUGGCCGCCUUCGCGCGCGCGCGUUUGUCAUCACACAGCAAUUGGCUACGCCAGGAAACAUUGCGAUUGGUUUUCCCUGGAAAACAGCGACCCCAGCCGACGGCUCCAUUAACUAGCAAGCCGUAUAUAAACACAGCCGCCGCCGCAAACGACAGUUCUCAUCGUGAAGUGCAGUACGUCGUGUUCCAGCUGCUUGUGGAUGACUCGCCGCACCACUCGAGGUUACCUGGCUGCUCGGCGGGAAAAUCUUGCGACUUCACUUGGAGAGAGUGA